UCCAUUCACACACGUGAAGGUCAGCAAUACAGCUACAAGGCAUUCAUAAUUACAAAAAUAUUACCUUUACGACCUCUUUUUAGAAAAAUAUGGACGGCCAGGGAGCGACAGCCGACCCUCAGCUUCAGCAGUUCAUCGAAAUCGAGUCUCAAAAACAAAGAUUUCAGCAACUGGUGCAUCAAAUGGCUGAUGUUUGCUGGGAGAAAUGUAUGGAUAAGCCCGGGCCAAAGUUGGAUUCAAGGACAGAAAUGUGCUUCGUUAAUUGUGUGGAACGAUUUAUUGACACCAGCCAGUUCAUCCUAAACAGACUGGAACAGACUCAGAAGAGCCGGGGCUCAUUCUCUGAGACCAUGUUAGACUGAAAACUUGUCACUAGAAGGACUGAUAAGACACACGGCUCCUGCUCUGUGACAAGGCCGUUUGGUCCUCACACAGCUGUCUGAAUGUUGCAGAACUGUCCGAUCAACUGGAGGAAGGAACAAGAUGAAGUGUUACUUUUGAUACAAGUGCCUGAGAAUAACACCAUCACCAUGAAACCAUGCACAAGUCUAGGGCUUUAUUUGUCCUCCACUUAGUGGGAUAUGAGUGUUGCAAAAUGCUUAUAUUGUUGUCUGUUGCUAGCAGUGACUUUAUGUUGGUUUUGUCAAGACAUUCAAGCCAUUUCACUGGCCAGGCUGUGAAACUAUGAGCUUGAAUGUGUUAAUAUCCACUGCUGUAACUAGGGGGUUAAGUGUGGGAGACUCCAGGAAGAUGGAUGCAUCUGGGACAUUCAACCUGCCACCUGUUUUUGACAGCCGCAAGGACUUCACCGCACACACACUGCUGUAAUUUAAGAAAACUAACAAUGUCUUGACCGAAGAGGCGCGAUCAACAGCUAGCGGUUCUGGACUGUACAUAUGCAAUAAACAUAAUGCCAAAUACUUCCGUCC